AUGGUGAGCUCUCUGCGUAAGUACAGGUCGGCACCGGGAAGGGGUGUGGCUGACUCGGGUGUUCUCGAACUGACAUUGUCUCGUGAACAGAUCAAUGAGCGGCAACAGAGCAGGGCACGCGCGAUCAUACAUAGAGCGUUCAAUGAGGGCAAGAAUGUAUUCGAUCUGUCAAGUCUACAUCUAGUGGCUCUUCCGGAGGAUAUUGCAGAUCUGAAGCAUGUGCUCGUGACGAAGAAGCAGUCCUCGUCGGGUUGCAUGUUUGCAUCUACCGGUGUACAUCUGUAUCUGUCAAACAACCGCAUAGUGCGGCUACCUCCGUGCCUAUAUCAAAUGACAAAUAUCACUGUUCUAUCUCUCCGUGGAAACAACUUGCGGGAACUAUCACCAGAAAUCGCUGGGAUGCGAAACCUGACCGAACUGUCAGUGUCGACUAACCAGCUCAAAUUUCUGCCGGCGGAGGUGAAGCAGUUGACUAAGUUGCACACUCUGAGUGCAAAACCCAAUCCAUUUGUAGAGGGGAGUAUGGUGGACGUAGACUAUACCCCAUACAAAUCGCAGACUAAACUGUCGGAAUUGAGUCUGCAGGUAUUGGCUAAUGCGCCCAGACAGACACAAAGGAGAGCGAACAAGGACAUCGAGCGACAGUUGAGGUGA